CGUCACCCGCCCGCCUCAUCUCUGAUAGACGUCCAGGCAUCAGGAAUUCGCCUUUUACUUGAGAUCCUGUUAAUCUGAUAUUCUUGAUCUUGCUACCAAUAUUGCAUCGCAAUCUACAUGAAGAAGGACAUGUAGACCGCCCGCACACACGCCUCUUCCAUACACGCCGGAUAUGACUUCCAAAGCCAGAGCCCCGAGCCCUUCGGCAUCCUUCUAUGAUGUCUCUGAUGAUGAGGAAGGCGAAUACAAUACCAUAGCACACGCAUCCGUCAUGAAAGGAGUCAAACUCCUCUUCUCCAAGAGCAAAGUCUACGUCCACCCUACACCGUCUGCGAAAGAUAACAUACCCGGCUUCAUUGCUCUUGUUCAGCAAAAGUCCUCGCCCCUCUUGUCUGAUGAUAGACCAACCUCGGCCGACUCAGCCAACAAGAGAGCCAAUGCUGCAUCAUAUCUCCUUGCUUGGGUGCCUGAAUCUUCCCUUGCACAAGAUGAUCUGAGUACCUAUGUCAAGGUGGACAUGAAAGAUGGCGAAUCGCCUCCCAGACAAUCAUAUCUGGUUCCUCCGCUUCCUCUGGCGACAACAUUCGACGAGUCGCCCGUCGGGCCGUACGCUUUCUCCCUUCCACUGUCCAGUAUCUACUCGAUUCACGUCCGUCCACCGAGCCUGGGUUGGUGGUACGGUAGUAUAGUCAUCAACACUCGUGCGGGGUCAAGCCUACCGGCCUUAUUCUUUCACGAUUCAGAAAGCGAAAGCACGAUCUUACAAAAGAAAAAGAGGGCGAAGGAGUCGUUUGAUCCUUUCGGUGAAACAGGCAAUCUGUUUUGGGGCGGAGACGAGGUGUUGCGGUGGCUCAAAAGAUAUGUUGAAGUGGAACGCAGUACGGCUGAGCCGUCAAUCUACUUGAUAAACCCGACGGAAGAGGACCGUACUGGAUUUGGUCAAGGUCGAAAGUCACUGGAGGGUCAAGACCAGGGCACGGGCAGCUCAGAACAGAAGAAGAAGACCGAGCAGAAGAAGCCGGCUGGGCCAGGCAUGGAUCCUGUGACAAAAGCAUUGAAAGAGACCAGGUGGAAGAUAUUGGAGCAGCUCUCCAAAGUCACCACCUUUACUCGGCGUACUGCGGAGGACCUUGUUAACAACAAGAAUAUCCCACCUCAAGUACGACGAUUCCUACAAAAUCCUGAAGUACAGACACUACAAGACGAGUUUGACAGUGCGAAGUUGUACCUUGCCAGAUGGGCGAUGAGCAUCGCCGAACAAAGCGAACGGGAGAAGAACAACCGAAUAUGGACUGCCCGAGACGUCUUGGAAUCAGAAGAGACGAGUGUCGGUGAUUUUGAAAUCCUCGACAUGGAAGCUGGUCGCUUGACCUUAUCCGACAGCAAACGACGGCCCGUCAACAUGGAGGAGUGGCAGUCGUUCUUCGACUCAAAGGGCAGACUACAAGUCAUGGUGGAAGAAGUGAAAGAACGCGUCUUCCACGGCGGGCUAGACUCAGAGGACGGAGUCAGAAAAGAAGCCUGGCCGUUCCUGCUGGGCGUGUACGAGUGGGACAGCACCGAAGAGGAACGGAACGCAUACAUGAACAAGAAAAGAGACGAAUAUAUUCAAUUGAAAGGAGCUUGGUGGGAUAGGAUGAUUGAUGGCGGCGCGACACCUGAACAAGAAGAGUGGUGGAAAGAGCAGAAGAACCGAAUUGAGAAAGACGUUCACCGUACGGACCGACAUAUCCCCCUUUUCGCAGGCGAAGACAUCCCUCAUCCCGACCCUACCUCACCAUUCUACAACCUUGACGGCCCUGGCACGAAUGUACACAUGGAACAAUUGAAAGACAUGCUCCUUACAUACCUCGAAUACGAUACUCCUCCGACCACACAAUCAUCAUCCUCAUCUCAACCUCGCUACCAAACACAAAACCCUCAUCCCCAGAACCUAGGCUACGUCCAAGGCAUGUCCGACCUGCUCUCUCCUCUAUACGCCGUCUUUCAAGAUGACGCCAUCGCCUUCUGGGCUUUUGUAAGCUUCAUGCGCCGUAUGUCGCGCAACUUCGUCCGCUCUCAAUCCGGAAUGCGCGCCCAACUCAAUACCCUCGACCAGCUUGUCCAAAUUCUCGACCCAAAGCUCUACCUGCACUUACAAUCCGCCGACUCGACAAACUUUUUCUUCUUCUUCCGUAUGCUCCUGGUCUGGUACAAGCGGGAGUUCGACUGGAGCGAUACCCUACGCCUCUGGGAGUUACUAUGGACCGACUUCUACAGCUCGCAGUUCCACCUUUUCAUCGCCGUUGCCAUCCUCGAGAAACACCGCGACGUUAUCAUGGACCAUCUGAAACACUUUGACGAGAUACUGAAGUACAUCAAUGAACUGUCCGGGACGAUUGAAUUACAGGAGACGCUCUUCCGCGCAGAGUCGCUGUUCAAACGAUUCGAAAAGACUGUCGAGGCGGUCGAUCGGAAGAGUUCAUUCCCUGCGCCGAACGAAGGGCAAGGACUAAGACAAAGGAAACAAGGCGAAGACGAUAAAUCAGGUGCAGCGGCCGCAGCGCCGGCGCCGGUGUCCUCGUCAGGACAGUCCUCGCAGCUGUCUGUAAGGCAGCGUCGAGCACAGGCUUAUAUGCAAGCGAGACAGCCUCCCAAAGGCAAGGAGCCGGAAAGGAAGCCGGAAACGGAGCAAGAGAAGGUCAUUACGCCUGACCUGCGAUUGUUGCUGAGCAAGAAGAUCGUCACGCUUGAUGAGGAGGUCGGCGGAGACGAUGCGGCCCGAACGAGGGCGAGUGGGUUGAAGGACUGAGGAAAGGGUGUGAGCUGUUUUUGGGAUAUCCUUCUAACCCUCGUCAUUCACGAAGCAGGGAUACACUCCUGCACUUCGGUCUGAUAGCGCAAAUGAAAAUCCAUUGGCACCAGUCCUUUGGGAAAACGAGAUCGCUAGGGCGCGAAUACACAGCGUUAUAGCCGUCGCCAAUGUUGGACAUUGGACGUGAGGGCCAGGUCUUACUGUUUGCAGAUGAUGAUUUCAUGAGAGCUACGAGGUGUAUGCAAGAUCAGGUACAUGCGGCUGUGGGAUAGUGGCAUGCUGGCGAAACCAAGCAUCGACGCGGUUUCCCGAUAUGCUGCGCACAUUGAGGCAUUGCUGCUGAAUCUAUUGGAAUAAACGUCUUACUCGACUCCCUCCAGGUUAUCACUCGAGUCUCUUUGACUAUUUUAUACUCUACGCUGUUGGAUUCGAUCAAUCUGAUUACCCAAUGCAAGCAU